ACUGUCAAUUUGACAGUUGUUUUGUUGUGUUUGUGGGUGUGUUGUGUGUUUUGAUUUUGAAUAAUUUUAUUAUAAGUGCAGAAAAUUAUUAGUUUACUUACUUGUUUGCUUGAACAUAAAGCCAAGUAAUAAAGGCGAGAUGCCUGCCUAUUAUGAAUGGACCAGUCUGAAAAAUAAAACACCUAGACGACAUGAGUAUCCCAGUAUUGAAGUCACACACCACCCACUCAAGCCUGCUCAUGCAGUUACCAUUAAACAAAGUGUUAGUAAAGACUUCAUGGAGGAUCUCAACAAAUGGAGUUCACCAUUUGAAGUGGCAGACCCGUUGAUGAGAUUUGAACAGAUGAAUAUGGAAGAGCCCGAAGAGGCGGAGGAGGCGCCGUCGCGCGCGGACUACGCGGCGGAGUGGCGCGAGCGGCGCGCGGCGGUGCUGGCGCGGUACACCACGGCCGACAAGCUCUCCAUCACCAGCAGCUACCUGCCCGGCGGGGAGAAGGAGAAACCCUUAACAGCUCUCAUCAGGCAAGUGUCGACGCUGAACGAGAAGGUGCGUCAUCGAUUAGAGCAGCUGGAUGAAGACGGCGCCGCGCGCGCCACCACCGGACUCAGCCAGCACGAGUUCGUCACCAAGAUUAAUGUGCUCAAUGAAGAAAUUAAGAAGGCAUGGAACAGCGAGCAGCGCGUGAAGGCGUUCAAGAUCGCGAUCCAGUGCUCAAAGCUGCUGCAGGACACGGCCGGGCUGCUGUUCUACCCGAGCAAGGCGGCGCUAAUACAUGACACGUUAGACAUGUUCGGGGAACUAGUGUUCCAGAGGUUGAGGGAGAAGAGCUAUGGACACAAGCCAAUCAAAACCGUGCAUGACAUCGACCCAGCUCUAGUCCCGGAGCCGGCCAAGGAGACCUGCCUCAACUGGGUGUACAAGAUGGCGUCCAUCCGGGAACUACUUCCCAGGCUUUAUAUGGAGAUGGCGCUGCUCCCGUGCGUCGCGUUUGUGUCUAAAACGGAGAUUAAGGCUGCUGUGGCUAGGCUGACGGUGAUGAUCCGCGGCAUGGGCUCGGCGGUGGUGGCGGCGUACCUGCGUCUGUACCUCACGCGGGUCGCCGCCAGGGUGCUCAGUACCGGCUGCGAGGAGGUCUUCUAUGAGAACCUUAAUGAGUUUGUGGAGGACUAUCCGCAGAUAUUCCACCCUUCCCUCAAGAAGCAAUACACGUCGCAGUCGCUCCCGCUAGACAAGUACCUCAGCGUAUAUCUACCAGCGGCUCAGUGGCUGCUGCAUGGGGCGCGGCGCCGCGGCCCGGGGCUAGUGGGGGACAUGCUGCGCCACUGUGACACUGUGGAGAACAGUGAGUUACUGCUGUACUGCGUGCUGACGGGCUUCGACUCCGCCACCAUCAUACAACACUCCGCCGAGAUACUGGACAUGAUCCAACAGAAGGCGGAUACUAUGGUAAUGGUCCCCGCUCUCCUGACCUCGCUCGGCACCCACCUCUGCUCGGCGGAGCGCUGGCCCCCUGCGCCCCCCGCGGCCCCCGCGCGCCCCCCGCCCCCGGCCGAGGCCCUAGCGACGGCGUGGUGGCGCGUGGCGACCACCAUAGCCGCGCCUGCGCAGUUCCUGCAAGUUGUGGAGCCGUGGAUAGAGUUCGCGUGUAAACAUCUUUCUACUCAGCACGUGAACAUGAUCCUACGCGGCACGAUCCGCCAACUAGUCCGAGCCGAACCGCCCCGCGCCCCCUCCUCGGACACUCCCCUCACCUCCGACCCUCCCCCCGCCUCCGCCCCUCCCCCCGCGCGCCCCGAUGUGGACGCGCUGUGCGGCCCGCUGAUGCUGGUGCUGCGCCGGCUCGUCACACACGUGCCUGUCGUCACGGAGGUCUUCCUUAUGGACGCCUUCAUGCCGCUGGUAGAACUAGCCCCCUCCGCGGCGGCGCGCGCGCAGCUGGCGCGGCCCGUGCUGGCGCAGCUGCACGCGCGACACGCCGCCGCCGCCGAGCAGCCCGUCGCCGCGGCCGCGCUGCUGCGGCUGGCCUGCAUCUUGCAUGAUAAUAUCAGUGCAGUAACAGUGGAGGACGAGAUCCGCGUAGUCUCCGACCUGAUCUCGCGGGUAGUGUACUGCGUGCAGUACGAGGACUUCGAACAACAGCUCAACUUCUACGUGCAGUGCCGGAGCGACUUCAUCAAGUUGGAUGCGGUGCUGGUGGCGCUGGUGCAUUGCGUAAACGCCCUCUCCGCUCGCGUGGGCGCCUCCCGCAGCUCCCCGUGGCUGCAGCGCGCGUGCGCCGCCUACUGCAGCGUGACGGCGCCGGCGCUGCGCUGCCCGCUGGCCCGCGCGCCGCUGCUGCUGCUGUCGGGGCAGGCCGCGCUGCUCAACAACUGCGUCUCACAAGCGGAAGCGAACUUCAAGGCGCUGGUGGGGCUGCUCCCGGACAUCCCGGAGUUCACGAUGGAGGACGGGCAGCGGCGGCCCACGCACGCGCGGCGCGGCGCGCUGCUGAGCAGCCUGUUGGCCACGCUGCUGGUGCUGCCGGACAACGUGGACAGCAACUGCAAGGCGUACGUCCUAAGCGGCGUGAUCAAGACCCUCGAGCGCAUCCACUGGCGCAAGACGGACACCCUGUAUAGCACCGCUCUACUGCACGCACUUGACUUGCUUUGUGCGAUGGCGCAGGAGGACUAUGCUUAUCAUAUUGAAUCAGUCCUAUCAAACGACGUCCUCUACGGCUCCGACGAAGAGUUCAUCCAGAUCCUCGAGAAGUACUCCACGAACAUCUGCCAGGAGCUCCUGCUAGUACUCAAGGCUCUAGCGGAGGCUAACGAGACCCGGCGGCAGGCGAGCCUGUCGCUGGAGCUGUUCUGGCGAGUGGCGCGACGGGCCGACUUGGAGAAGGCAUCCAUGUUCGCACUCGCGACCAACUUGUGGAUGCUGUAUCAUAAGCUGAAAGACCCUAAUACGAAGCUGGCUAAAUCUGUGCUAGCUGCCUUGGACAACGACGACCCGGCGAGCAGGCGACUGCUGAAGACUAUCGAGGAAGCGACGGCAUCCUCAUGAACUGAACAUUCCAACCUGUAUUAGUAUUUACUUGUUUUUAUAUUUUAUUUAAAUUACCUUAGUGUAAGUAUUUUAUGUGAUAGUGAAAAUUAUAGUGCAAUAUACAACUUUUAUAAAGCUA